AUGAGUGAAGAAACAGAGUUGUAUGAAACGCUACUGAAAAAGGUGGAUACGUUUCUUAUUGUGACCGGUUGCUAUUUUGAUGAAGCAGAUGAAAAACGUAAUGUUGUACAGCGUUUUCUUAGUAGAAGGUAUUAUUGCUUCAACAUAUUAAUGCUGACCUCUCAUUUGAUAUGUGACUUUGCAUGGCUUGCUCUUGAGCAUAAAACAGCAAGUCUAAUAGAAUUAACAUACUUUAUACCAUGCGUGACACUGAGUAUGCUCGCUUGCGCAAAAUCAUAUUUGUUGGUAAAAAACGGUAAUCACGUCACGGAUUUGAUAAAAUCUACGAAGAAAUUGCAAGCCAUAUCUGGGAGAUUUGAAUUGAGAAUAAAGACAGAGAGAGAAUUGAAGAAAAGGGCCAUGUUCCUGACAGUCUACAUGAAUUUAAAUGUUUUACUGUACAUCCUAGGUCUUGCUUUAUUUGCUAUAGGACCAGUGAUUUUGACAUGUGUUUUAUACAACUCGUCCGGAAAACUUGUGAUGCAAUUACCGUUCCUGUCGUGGUACCCGUUCGAUGAAACUGAUAUCAGAUACUGGCCUAUUGCUUACUUACAUCAACUUUGGGCCGGUUUUAUUGACGCGACUUCCGUCCACGGAUCUGACAGCUUCUAUUCUCUAUCGUGUACCUUCCUUCAAAUACAGUUUAAAACGCUGCAAUAUGAUAUAGAGCAAAUAGUUCCUGAAGCGACGAACAUUAACACCCCAGAAUUGUACGAAAAUUUCAGAAAAAGAUUAAUGCCUGUAGUUAUGAGACACCAGGAACUGAUUAGAUGCGUAAAUAUUUUAGAGGUGAUUUAUUCAAAAUCUAAUUUGUGCAUUAUCGCCGUAAGUUCCAUUGUGAUUUGCGUCAGCGCAUUUAAUUUGACGACAAUCGACGGUUUCAUUUGGAAGACGAUUUUCUUAGCCUUUCUCAGUAUGUGGUUACUUCAAGUCUUUUCUUUGUGCUACUAUAGUAAUCUCAUAAGCUUAUCGAGUGCAGAAAUUAGUAAUGCUGUAUGCAAUAGCUUGUGGUACAAAGCUAACGCACAAGUUAUGAAAGACUUGCUUUUUGUAUUGAAAAGGGCACAGAAGCCGUGCAAGCUUACAGCGUGGGGUUACUCUGAUCUCAAUUUGGCAGUUUUCAAUAAGAUAGUCAGCAAAUCCUGGUCAUAUUUUGCUCUAUUGCAAACAUUGAACAAUCAAUAA